GCCCAUGGGCGCGCUGCAAGCGAGGCUGCCUGUGACGGUCGUGGCGCUGCAGGAGACGGGCCACAGGCGCAGGCGGCGCGCGAAGAUCUGCGAGACGCGGCCGAGCGGAGCGGCGCAGUGGGCGGCUCUGCGCGGCGUCGCGAGGAUGCCGUGCGCGACCAUCGCCCAAGGGCCUUUGCUCGCCGACGAUUUCGACUGGGUGGAGAGUGGCUUCCCUCCCGUGGGACUGGCCUCGUCGAUCGGGGCCGCCGACUUGGUGGCCGCGGGCUGUGCCCGGGCGGCGCUGCUGGGCCCGGGUCUGGUGAUGCUGCCGCCGCUGCGGCGGGGGCGCGUUGCUUCGGCCGCGCGCGCGUCGACUCCCGACGCCGGGUGGCAUCUCAUCGCGAGCGCCCUCUACGUCCGCGGGAUGAUCGGCUCGAUUGACAAGGCAAACAUGGUCGCCCGCGACGGGCAGCAGGUUGUGAACCUUCCGAUCGCGUGCAAGGAAGGGGUCAGCAGGCCGGUGUUGCGCCUCAUCGUCAACGUCGCGCCGUCGAGCGCGUGCCAAAUUUGCAUCGCCAGCGAUGUUUUCGAAAUGCUGACCGUGGGGCCGUUGCACGGGCUAGUGCUUGCACUGGGCGGGGAGCUGCUCUUGGGCGGCGUCGACAGGAAG